ACAAUGCUCCGAUCAUGCAGGAGCUGCUUCCUUUACAGAGAAGAGAGGUGAUUCCGGCGGCGCGAAGCUAUGGGCUCUGUCACCUCAGCCCUGAGCCGGCCGCGGCGCACCCUGGUGCGUGUGGGCGCCGGGACUUUGCCCGCAAGCCCCCGCCGAGCCCCGCUUGCUGCGGUGCUGAAGCUCCACGGAGAGGAGGAGGCAUUCCCGCCGAAGGGGCCCCCAGCUCCCCGCCGCAGCCCCGGUGCCUUUGCAAAUGAGACAGGUGUCAAACACGCACAACCACAUUCACUAUUUGCCCGGUCUAAGUCACAAAACUGCUUGUGGAACACCACUGUUGGUGGGUUGACCAGCAACUUCAAGGAAAGGCCAAAGCCAACCAUCAUCAAUGACCCUAGACCUCCUGAUGAAAUCUUAGCAGAUGAACUACCACCAGUGGACAGUCCUGAGGCACUGGUGAAAACAUCUUUCAGGAGAAAAUACAAGAAAACGUCACAGAGAUUGCGGUCUUUGGUAAAGCAAUUAGAGAGAGGGGAAGCUUCAGUUGUAGACUUAAAGAAGAAUUUGGAAUAUGCUGCGACUGUUCUUGAGUCAGUAUACAUUGACGAAACUAGGCGUUUACUGGACACAGAAGAUGAACUCAGUGAUAUACGGUCUGACUCUGUGCCCUCAGAGGUCCGUGACUGGUUGGCUUCUACCUUCACACGGCAAAUGGGGAUGAUGCUCAAAAAGACAGAGGAAAAACCCCGGUUCAGGAGUAUUGUCCAUGCAGUGCAAGCUGGGAUAUUUGUAGAAAGAAUGUACAGACGGACUUCAAAUAUGGUUGGCUUGAGCUACCCACCAGCUGUAAUUGGAGUGCUAAAGAAUGUUGACAUGUGGUCCUUUGAUGUAUUUGCACUAAACGAUGCCAGUGGCGAUCAUGCACUGAAAUUCAUUUUCUAUGAACUUCUCACACGCUAUGAUCUGAUCAACCGUUUCAAGAUUCCCAUUUCUUCCCUGGUGUCCUUUGUGGAAGCUCUGGAGGUUGGCUACAGCAAACACAAAAAUCCUUAUCACAACCUAAUGCAUGCUGCAGAUGUGACACAGACAGUCCAUUACCUCCUUUUCAAGACAGGCAUAGUGCACUGGCUGACAGAGCUGGAGAUCUUCGCUAUGAUCUUCGCAGCUGCCAUACAUGACUAUGAACACACUGGAACCACCAACAACUUUCACAUCCAGACACGGUCAGACUCAGCCAUUCUGUAUAAUGACCGGUCUGUGCUUGAAAAUCACCAUGUUAGUGCGGCGUAUCGUCUUUUGCAAGAUGAUGAAGAGAUGAAUAUUUUAUCUAAUCUCUCAAAGGAUGAUUGGAGAGAAUUCAGAGCUCUAGUGAUUGAGAUGGUGUUGGCCACUGAUAUGUCCUGUCACUUCCAGCAAAUCAAAGCUAUGAAGAAUGCUUUGCAGCAGCCAGAAGGAAUUGACAAGCCGAAAGCCUUAUCACUGUUGUUACAUACAGCAGAUAUCAGUCAUCCAGCCAAGGCUUGGGAACUCCACCAUCGCUGGACAACGUCUCUGCUAGAAGAGUUCUUCAGACAGGGUGACAAAGAAGCAGAACUAGGGCUGCCUUUCUCUCCCCUGUGUGAUCGCAAAUCUACUAUGGUUGCUCAGUCUCAAAUAGGUUUCAUUGAUUUCAUUGUGGAACCCACUUUUACUGUGCUGACCGACAUGGCAGAGAAGAUUGUGACUCCACUCAUCAAUGAAGCUUCCCACUCUGACAUGUCCGGAUUCAGGCGAUCCAGCCUAAAUAACAUUAGUCCCUCCGAAGUUAAAAGAUCAAGUGUCAAGAGCACUGGGUCCGAAGGAAGUGCCUCACUUAACUGCUCCAUACUCACUGUGGACUUCAAAUGUUUUAAAGCCACCUGGACUGAGGUGGUGCAGCAGAACAGGGAGAAAUGGAAAGCACAAGCCACCAAAGAAGAAAAAGCUAAGAAAGAAGCAGAGGAAAAUGCCUAUCAGGGAACAGAUGAAAAGGAAAGAGAUGAAAAGGAUGAGAAGCCAGCUGAAGAUGCCACAGCAACAAAUACAGAGAACAGCAAAGAACCAAAUCUUGGGGAAAGCAAAAACACAGAUUCCAGUAAAAAUUCUGUAAAUGAGACUCAGCAAAGGAGCAUGAACAAACACAAAGCCUCUCAAGGGAAAAACACACCUAGGACAGAUAAGGGAAUGGACUCUCAUCACACAGUGGGAGAAGAGAAACCUCAUGUCCAAAAUGGUGAAAUAAAGGAAGACAGUAAGUUGGACAAAAGGGAUAAGUCCAGUGUUGGAGAUAAAUCAAAGAAAACAGAUGGUCCAGUGCAAUGUUCAGCUGACUUAUCAGGCUUGAGUUCCUCGCCAAACCACCUUACAUUGCCAGCCAUCAAAUCUCAGCUGCAUCACCUCAGGAGGCCCACUCACAGCUCAGGAGACUAUUUCCCUGCCUUUGACAAGAAAUUGGAGGAACAUCAAGUGAGAUGUAAAGUGCUUGAUGAGAGGGAAAGGAUGAAGAAGAUUCAACAUAUUUCCCAGAGCUGGAAUAGGAAAUAGCAGAAGAGUUAAAGAGGCAUCUUUUGGAAUGAUGCUCCUCCCAGGCCGAUGGAGGAUAUUGUGCAACCAUUGCACAGGUCAUACUAUAUUGUACAGCAGCUGCAGUUUUGAAUAAAAGGAAGUGUAUGAUUUAACUAAACACUGUAAUGGACAUUUUGUUAGAAAUGUUCUCAAUAGCCUUAUUAUUGCAGCAUAUGCCCACUUAGUACUAAAAUAGCAAUUUUCUGCCUACCACAGGUAAAACAAUAACUCCUGUUUCAGACAGCAAGGGAAAGUUUUUUGUUGUCUAGCAGUACUGAGAAGUACAGUCCUCCUGUCAUAGUGUGACCUAUCAGGAGGAUGCAGGUGGAAGGCUGGAGUAUAAAGAGUCCUCUUGCUUCACUUGUUGGAAGAAGAACACGUAGCACAGCAUUAAAAUUGCUCAAACUCUGUUGAAUGUUAAAUAAUACUGAUUGUUUUCUAUGGCAUUAAUUUAGUCGAGUUUGAUCUCAUGUGUUCUUUUGAUGCAUAAUGUCCCAUGGGUCUGAGUUUCACAAUUGAAUGUGGCCCUUCUGAAAAAGUUGCUCUUGCCCUCAGAUUUUGCACUUUGAGAAACAGUGGCAAAUAGCUCUCUGCCCUCUUCCUGGAAGCCCCUGGUGGUUUACUUACUACCUCAGUUGACCAUUUCCAGUCCUGUUUUUACUCUCCUCAGAGGCAAACCUGUUCUACUUUAUAUCUUCCUCGCUGCUCUUCACUAUAUCUUUCUUUGUUGUAACCCGAGGAGAGAAUGAGCACUGCACGCUGCUCAAGUGUCAGGUACACCAGAAAUCUAUAAAAUAGUGUAAUGACACUUUCUGUUUCAUCUUCCAAGCCUUUCUGAAUAGAUGUUUAAGUUGUACUUUUAUUUUUGAACCUCCUUGAGGACUGAGCAGUAGUUUCUGUAGAAUUACCUAUAGUAAAUACUAAUUAAUUUAUAGCUGAAACACACAUACAGAGUUGCAGAGUUGGGGUUUCCUCUCUCUAUAUGCCUCAUUCUGCACUUAUCAACAUUGAAUUGGUGGUUUUGUCAUUUACACUCAAGGAAGCUGUUGCUUCUUAUUUUUCUAUUUCAUCUCCACUUUGCAUUAAUUUCUGUUCCUCACUUGCUUUCUUCUUCCACCAACACCUUUUCCAAAUCACAUCUUCUGGAUAAGCACAUUGAAUAGCAGAAACAACAAUCCUCCUUUACUAUGAAUCCUGAUAAUUUCAUAACAAUUUUUAAUUUAUUUCUGCAUUUUUAUUUUCCCCCCAUUGUUAACUAGUUGUUUACCCAUCUUAAGAUCAUAUGUUGCAAACUUUUUUCUAUCCAUGAUAGCUCAGUAGCUUUGACAGUCUUUGGGUCAAGCCCUUGUUAAAAAGGAGAACAGCAAACCGUCAUUGGCUCCUUCAAGGAGUGUUGAGGUUUGUGAAGCAACAUUUCUUGUACAAAAACUUGGCUGAACACUCUGUCAUAAGUAUUCCUAUUAUGAGUAUCCCCACUACCUACCAAUUCUAUUAUUUAUAUUUGUAAAAAUUUGCUCACUGUGAAUUUGCAUUGUUAUACACUACAAGUCUGUAACCAUGUCUAACACUAAAACUGCACCAAUUGGUGUAUGCACCAUUGCUGUGUGACAGUCACAUUGAAAUCAUGGCUGGUUGUUGAAUGAAAUAAGCCAAAGUGUAUUUCCACUGUUAUAGAUGCCCCUCACUGCAAUUCCAGGCACACUUGCCUCAAGGUCUCACACCUUUUCAGAGUGUUUUGCUAGACAUCUUUAUUGCCUGAGUACUCUAAUGUAACCAUGUUUCAGUUAUUUUCAUCUGUUGUACCCUGUGCUUCAUGUUUGUGAUACUGAUCUUCACCACCACCAGAACUUGUGGCUGUAGCAAUGGGGCUGGGUCACUGACUAAACCAAAUGUGAAAAGGAACGCACUUUAAAGUCUCCUGCUUAUGAAAUGUAUUUAUCUCUAGGAAUUUUCUGAGAACUGUGUUUUACUUGUAGAAUACCCUAAAUAUUUUACACAAAUAGGCUAUAUACUGCAUAUAUUGCAUCCAUAUAUAUAUAUAUAUAUAUAUAUAUACACAAGUAUGUGCAAAAUUACUUCUGUGUCAUUUCCUUUCUUUCAGGGCACUUUACCUAACAGAGAACCUGACUGUUCUCUGGACAAGUGGACAGCACUAGGUUUAUGUAGAAGUUGAAAGAGGAAUCUUUUGGGGUUUUACCUUUCAUUAUUAUCUGUAGUUUAUUUGGGUUAUUACUUUUCUGUCACCAGCAUCUCACAAAGGGAUUGAUUUCUGCCUUUGCUCUCCUGGUCCACAUUCUCUCCUUUGCCAUGAAGCAGAGGUAAGUUGUCAUCUUGAAUAUAUAUAGUCAAAGUACAGGGUAAUGAAAUUACCUACCUGGGGUGUCAUCACUGAACCAUAGAAUGAUUUGGGUUGGAAGGGACCUUAAAUAUCAUCUCAUUCCAACGCCUCUGGCAUGAGCAGGGACAGCUUCCACAUGGCCAGUGCCCCAUCCAGCCUGGCCUUGAACACUUCCAGGGAUGGAGAUCCACAGCCUCUCUGGACAAUCUGUUCCAGUGCCUCACCAUUCUCAAAGAAUUUCUUCCUAAUAUUCAAUCCAAACCUACUCUCCUUCAGGUUAAAGCCUGUGCUGGUUUAAAGGUAAACCGGCAGGAGAAAUUAACCCAGCUCAAAAGAGAUUAUAAGUCAGAGUUACAGUUUAAUAAAAAUAACACAAUAAAUACAAUUAUACAGACAAACAAUUGGUUUUAACCCACAAAACCCAGAUGUAUAACCCAGCACCUUGGGAAACCAACAGAAUGGUGUUCGUUGGCCUCUGUGCAGAGCCCCACAUGGUCCCCCUGAGUCCCAAGCAAAAGGAAAGGAAAACCUGUUGGUGACAGUGGUGUUGCAGUCCGGUCAACAUUGUAGUCCUCCUCUGGAUCUGACAAGUGGUACCAGAAGUACCAAGACCCCAAGAUUAUGUACACUCAGGUUCCCGUGGGAAUGCCCAGUACCUCACCCAGGGCAGAGAGUUUCACAAUGGGUGAUUGUGAGUCCUGAGAUAUUUUUGGAAUCCUUGAUGGCCCAUUAGCAGACAUGACCCCUCAGGCUAGAUGUAGAGGUGCUAAUGAGAGUUAUCACACCUGAGUCAUUGGUGUGAGGACAGGAACAUCCUCCUAUCUCACAGUCUUCUUAACACCCAGCUUAUAGCCUGAGGGGUCAGAUGUGCUCUGGAAAGCUGCUGCAAAUGGUCUAUUGUUAACAGUUCCUGGGAAAUUAUAUAGAGGGUGUAGAAUACAGUUUGGGUUACAUCCACACAGUGAUGAACUGGUCCUGGCUGCUCUAACUAGGACAAAGCAAUUGACCCUUAUCCUGUCAGUGCCUUUGCAAAAACUCCAUCUCCAGCUUUCUGGUAGGCCUACUUAAGACACUGGAAUGUGCUAUAAGAUCCUCCUGGAGCCUUCUCUACUCCAGGAUGAACAACCUCAACUCUCUCAGCCUGUCUUCAUAGGAGUUGUGCUCCAGCCCCCUGAGCAUCUCUGUGGCCCUCCUCUGGACCUGCUCAAACAGGUCCAUGUCUUUCCUGUGCCGAGGACCACAGAACUGGAAGCAGCACUCCAGGUGAGGUCACACAAGAGCAGAGUACUGGGGCAGAAUCACCUCCCUUGACUUACUGGCCACACUGCUUUGGAUGUAGCCCAGGAUAUAGUUGGCUUUCUGGGCUGCAGUCGCACAUUACUGGCUUUCAUCCACCAACACCCCCAUGCCCUUUUCCCCAGGGUUGCUCUCGAUCUAUUCAUCCCCCAGACCCUUUAUACCGGCAGUUACCUUGACCCAGGUGUAGCACCUUGCACUUGGUCUUGUUGAAUGUCAUGAGUUUCACAUAAGCCCACUUUUUUCAAGCUUCUCUAGGUCUCUCUGGAUGGCAUCCUGUACUUCAGGGGCAUCAACUGCACCACUCAGUUUGAUGUGCCAUGUGGAGUGCAUAUGGUUCCUAAACUUUAAUGGAGUUCUGAUCAGGUUCCUCUUUGCUCUCAUUUUUCUCUGGCUAAAUCCAUACUGUAUUGAACUGCUGUCCAUUAGAAUGCCCUCUAGAAAGUUACUGUUCACCCAAAUGGUUUAGAGAGGGGUUAUUUUUUUUUUUCUGGAGCUGGGGAAGGUGAAGAAUGCUGCCAGAUACUCUUUGGUAUUGGAAAGAUACCUCAGAAUGUCUCUUUCCUCUUCCAAAGCCUGGGGUUUUUGGCUGAAAUGAAAUACUGCAAAGUGGGAGAGAGAGGAUGUUUUUGCAGACUGUUCUUAGUAAAAAUUGGAUGUUUCACGGAAAUAAUUCCUAAGUUUAGCACUUAGUUGUGCUGAUGGCAUCCAGCCUGAUGCAUAGAGAUGUGUAAUGGAGUGGAUGGACUUAAUGUCUCAGUCCAACCCUGACAUCUAGUGUACAACAAAGGAAAAUUUUCCACAAAUGAAAUCCAUGUUAUCUGGGGGAGGACCAGCUUUGAAAUGUAUUUGACCUUUUUCUGUAUUUAUGAUUUUGGAGAUAACCACUUGCUUCCAGCACAGAAAUAAGUUUGUCUGUCUAGACAAAUUUUAUGAUCUUAAAUCUAUGAUGCCAUUUAAAUUUAUUAUCUGUUAACUCAUUACAAUUAUCAGCACUUGCAAAUUUAAUAUUUUUUUUCUCUGUAGUCCAUUCGUGAGCAGAGCCUUUGCUCCAGUCAUUGGAUCACUUUACUACAGCAGAAAAGUUUGUUGCUCUGAUAAACUUUUAUUUAUUGAGGAGGAGUUUUUUGUUUAUUUGAGGAGGAGUUCUUUAUUUGUUUUAGGAAAGGAUUAAAAUCUGAAUUAAAAUAUGAAUGUUAAAAUCCACAGUGAGUGAGGCACAGAAAGACUCUUGAAUAUUUAUUCCUUGAUUCCUUAUAUUUUGUGUUUUUCCUCGGGACUCCACAUUGGUCCAUCACCCCAUUAUCAUGGUUUCAAGACUAAAUUAUAUUUAUUGUGAACUUUCUGUGAAUUUUUAACUUUAUCUGACAAUCAUUCCCUUUACCUCAAACCUUUCUCCUGGUCUCUCAUAGACCUGCUAAGUAUCACUAAGAAACUCCCUUGUUAUUGAUCCUGGACUAUAGUCACAGAAUCACUGAGGCAGGAUCAAUGCUUCUGGAGUUGGCCAGUUCAAGUAGGAUCCACCAAGGAAGGUUACUCAGGGCUUUGUCCAGUUUGGUUUUGAAAAUCUCCAAGGAUGGAGAGUCUACAACCUCUCAGGACUAUCUGUGACAGUGCUUGGUAGCAAAAACAUAUUUUCUUACUUGUAAGUGGUAUUCCAUGUAUUUCAGUUUGUGCCCACUGCCUCUCGUCCUUUCAGUGGGACAUGGGAAGAGCCGGGCUCCCUCUUUAUUCCUCCCCAUCAGACAUUUACGUGCAUUAUUAUAUACAUUGAUAAUAAGUUCCCUUUAAGCUUUCUCUUCUCCAGGCUGAACAGAAUACAGAAGAACAAACCUGAGAUAGGUAUAACUUUGUUUCAGACCCUAAGACCACCUGGGGGCCUAAAUUUUUCUUUGAAGGUUGGAAAAAAAAUGACAGCUUGGAGAAAUCCAAAGCUCACUGCAGUGUGUCUCACAGUCAUGGAUACACAUGUUGCCAUUUAGAGGAUCAUUGCAGUUGAAAGAAUAAGCACAAGUGGUCCAUCAAAUGCAGUUCUUUAAUUUCUAGAAUGUGCAUAAUAAUAUAGCUGUCACUUCUCUCUCUGUCCAGUCUGUGUCUUUUAAGGAUUCUUCAGGAUGUCAGGAAUAAGGAUGGAUUAAGCUUCCCUUUGUAGCUUCUGGAUCUGACAGACUAUGUGAGUUCCUCAUGCAGGACCAGAAGCCAGUAUCAUGGGGUAGAAACUGGCUUUAAAUGUUCACUCGUUCUAUUUGUGUAUCUACAUUGCCAAAAUAUUGGUAUUUCUGUUUGCACCACCUCACUUUAAAAGGCCCAUGGCUUUUUGGGAGGGAUGUGAGGAACAGAGUAAUAUCUGUUUAUUAACUUAUCUAAAUACAAGUGAGAAGCCAAAAUUUCUAAGGUGCUUCGCUGACAUGCAUUUCUGAUUUUUGCUUGUAGAAGGUAUUGCUGGGCAAUCUCUCUGCAUACAAGAAUACUGUAAAGUCGUGUGUAAAAAGUGUAAUCUCAAAAGGUAAGGAUGGCAUAAAACAUGCAGGAAGAUGAUCUGUUAAGAUAUCUAAACAUAUCGAAUAAUUUACGUGGUCAAAGCAUUAUACAAUUAUCAACUUAUCAACCACUAAGACAAAAUUUCAAGCAGACACAAAUUCCGUGUAAGUUUUGCUAAACUUAGUGCUUGUAAAUUCUGCUUUAUCUAUGAAUAUAGUGUGACUUUACAAUAGCAUCAUGAAUGUUGCUUUGAAUUUAUUCCACCUACCUUAUGAAUCUCAUAUUUAGCACUACAGAAACCCUUUCAAAUGGUUGAUGGGCUUUCUGUAAUCUUUAGUUGAAAGUUCUUAAAGCCAUUAAAUCCCUUAGUCCAAAUUUUAUUGUAAAUGGAGACCUGUGUCUUAGCUUCUAGGUAGAUGUUAAUUGAGAAUUCUCUUCAAAAAUAUUAGCCAUUAAUGAUCUCCAGUCUUUUAUUCACUAAUUGAAUCACUUCAUUCCCCGCUGAGGGCUUGGAGUGGUUGUCCCACCCAGUGCAGACUUCUGGGGUGAGAUGCCAUUCCAGAUAAAUAUCUGAAUGCAAGCCACCUCUCCACAUACAAAGUUGUCAAUGCACAUAGCAGACAAUGUGCCUUCAGUCUGGAGCAGCCCAGUCUCAACAGUCCUAUGGAAAUGCUUAGUGUGUGUCUGUGCUUUCAGUUUCCUUUCAUUUUUGCUGUAAUGGCCAUGGGAGCCCUUUGGGGACACUGAAUACAAAUGCAUUUCUGCCCUAGAACUAACCAACUCCUGUCAUUUGUCUGGGGAGAGCAGUUUGUUUGUUUUAGCACUAUCUGGUCUUAAAGGGAGCCUGAAUGACAAUAAAUAAACCCAAUAAACCACAUUCACACCACUGUAGAGUCCACACACAAUUCUGCAAAACCUAAAGGCUUUGUUUUGGGGGAAGGGGAAUUGUCUGCCUCAUUUGAAAAAAAAAUUAUUUUAUUCCCAAACAAAGUAACAUUUAACACUUCAACUGAGUGAAAUAAAGCAUGUGGAAGCUGAGAAAUAAUUCAUCACACGGCUUCCCAGGAACAUUGCAAAACCUUCUAUUAACUUGAUUGAUCAAGUGAAAAAUUACUUUUAAUUGCUUAUGUUGCACCUGGGUGGAAGAACAGAAAAUGUUGAAUUGCCAGGUUGUAAAUAUGCAGUUUUAAAAGAAUUGCAGAAUAUGAUGUGUGUUGCAGCAUUUUUAUAUCUGGACUUCGAGUUGAUCUAUACAGAGAUGGUAAAUUAGGCUGGUGUGCCAUCAGAGAUGUCACUCAGACUGUAACUCCUCUUUGCUGAACACUGUAUAGUGCUAGGCUUAAAGGGUGCUUUCUUUUUUGUUUUGGUUGGUUUUUUUCCCCUAUUAAGCUGUGUCAGAAUUCCCCAGGCUUGGAAACAAAUCCUUUUCAGAGCAGUGAACUCAAUCGCAUCCUAUUUGUGCUCCUGCUUUGUGUUGUUAAGGACCUUCAUGUCUAAACAUGUAUAUUUUCAUGGCUAAUCCAUUACUGAUGUUCAUUUGAAUCUUUUCAGGAUUCCACACUCUCACUCUUGCUGUAUUGUGCACUGAAAAUAUUCACCAGCUUCACUGGUAAAGCUAGACUUGAGUAACAUGUAUUUUUUUUCACAUAUUUACUGUGACAUACUUUACUGUGUACCUUACGUUACUGUUGUUAUAUGAACUAUUGAUUGUUUAUAUUUUAAAUACUAUCUCACUGAUAGGUUAACAGGAUAAAAACAAGUACACCUCCUAGUUAUUAGGCAUCCCAUUAAUAAUAUAGCAGGCAUCUUGUACACUUUAAUAUGCAAUUAUUUAUUAUAAGCUUGUUGAUUAUAUCUUGAAGCUUAAUAUUUGUGAAUAGACUGCAUUCUCAUGAAAGAUGCUGGUUCAGUCACUGUGGCAAAUGAAGUCCAAACUAUUAUGGUCCUCAGCUGUCUUCCUAAGGGAGUUAAAAAGAUAACUAAAUACAGUCUGCCAGGCUAGAUGAUUUACGGUCUUAAGCUCUGCCAGGGGAGGUUUAAGUUGGAUAUCAGGAAGAAAUUUUUUACAGAGAGAGUAAUCAGACAUUGGAAUGGGCUGCUUAGGGAGGUGGUGGAUUCACCAUCCCUGGAGGCUUUUAAGAUGAGACUGGAUGUGGCGCUUAGUGCUAUGGUCUAGUAGUUGGAUCAAGGCAGUAUUGGAUCAAGGGUUGGACUUGAUGAUCUCAGAGGUCUUUUCCAGCCUGGUUGAUUCUAUGAUUCAAUGAUCUUCAACCUCUCUGCUCAGGUCCCUAAUGGCCCAGCUGACAGUGCUACUCUAUCUAGCCCAGACCUAUUAAGGUAAGCACAAACUGGCCAUUCUACCAGACUGUAGCUGGCUGUGAAAACAGUUCUUGAUUGAAUCAAUGAGGUAAACUAAUAAAAAAAAAAAUCAAAUGGUGCUGUUCCACCUUGCAAUAUGCAUAUGUCAUUGAGUAACACUAUUCCUUUUACUCAAUUUUCACUUUCCACUUUCCAAAAGAUUUUCAAUCUUUUCCACCUCUCCUAACUCACCUAGAACUCAAGUUAAAAAGUAGGUGUCAAAAGAAAUUAUUUGGAGGAAACGGAUCAACUAUCCAACUAUUUUAUCUUUCACUGACUAGUGGAGACAAUUGCCUACACUGAUGUAACAGGCAGGCAUUGCACUUCCCUGAUAUUUCUCUUCUGAGAGCUCUUCCCUCUAUCCUGAUGUGUUAGUGCUGACAGCCCUUAGAUGUAAAUUUUCAUUCUGCAGUGAAUCUCUCUUUUCAUCCUCACAAACACAAGUCAUGAGCAGAUACAGGCAGAAGAAAUUUUUGCUUUCCAUUUCAGGGUGUGGCUCCUGCCCUUGCACCUUCUCCAUCUAUCCCAUCAGCUUUGCACAUGGGAAUUUUCACUGUGGUCACUGUUAUUCCAGAAGAGGAAAGCUGGACAAAUUAGGUAAAGUGUCAGGAGAAAAAUGCAAUUUGAAUCAUUAGUUGAUGUUUUACUGCUCUGGUGUCAAGUGCCAGGUACAGUCUACGAGUGCUGUUCUUUGUAUUAACCCUUAUCACCACAUUGCACAAAGCUAGAUCUGUUCUGAGAUGGAUUCCUCAUUUACAGAAAUGCUGGGAAGUCACUUAUAGUAAACCAACAGAAUCCUUCAAACUCCAGGUGUCAGUAAAAUUUCUGUCAUCAUCUCCUAUGAUGCUUGCUGGGAAUUCAUAAGAUGCAGAUAAGCACUUGCUGAUAAUUUGAAAUCAAGUGUAUGCUUGAGAAAAUUAUUAUUUAUAAAAAUGAAAGAACUUCUAUUUCUGUGUGCUGCUACUUUGAAUGACCCAGAAUUAUUUACACUGCAUUACUGGAAAUAUCGUCGUAAUCUUAACUGUGGAUUGUGUCUCCCUCCUUUUCUUCGUCUUCCAUAAUCACUGUUUGUUCUUCUGUAAACAGCUUAGUGCCUUAAAAACACAAGGACACACAAAAAACCAACAACAACAACAACAAAAAGGAGAAAAAAAGUUGAUUUAACAUACUGCUUUUUGGAAAAUACCAGGCUAAAAAGAAAUUUUCAGUCCUCUCUUACUUCUUCAUCUGAACAUAGUUUUCCAAUAUCGUGGGAGUUACUCCUCAUUUAUUUUUAGCACAUCAGUCUCCUGGUAUUUAGUGAACUAGAACUGAAUCACUGCAUUUUUUCUAAAAUUAUUAGGCACUCUUAAAUCUAGCAUAUUUUUCCAAUCUGUGAAAAGAGAUAAUAAAGUUUUAUUUGGGAACCUCUUUCUUAAAAGGGUUUGGGGAGCUAAAUAAGGUAAAGAGCUUGCAUGAUUAAGUAAAUGCUGUGAUUAAUCUUUGUGACUGAGCUACCUUAUGUGAACAUGUAUAUAUUUCCUCUAAGUAUAUAGCCAUAUUACUUAAAUUUUUCAAGUGCAGAUGACAAAAGAGACAAAGAUUGGAACACCAACAUGACAAGUGCCAUCUCACUGAAGUUACAUAGUAUCAGUAAAUUGCAAAAACUGCUGAACAAUGUGAAAACAGACUUGGAUUUUAGAUCAUACUUUCCACAAAUCUCUGUCUCUCCUCCCUUCUCUCUGUUUCUUUUUCUCUUUUUCUCUCUUAUACUUGAACUGGUAAGUCCACCCUUUAGGUGUAUUGAGGCUUUUGUGUGAUACCAAGAUAUCACUAAUACUGUAAAUGCUCUCUUCAUUAGAAAAUAAAUACGAAAGAAGUGAGAACAAUGCAUUAGGUACAAAAUGUUCUUGAACUCUAUUGUAACAUAUUAUGCUAGAUUUGCCUGUUUCCAGUAGAAAACAAGUGACUUGUGUGAUGAAUUUUAUGCCCACAUUCCUUGGUGUGGAUGUUGAUGUAGUCUACAAACAGGAUUGAGAGAUAUCAUUGUGUUGAGACCAGUGAAAUCUCUCCCAAAUUUGGUCUCCUAAUGUUUGAUACCAGCAGAGCUGUUCUGUCAGACCAACCUGUUUUGCUUCUUUCUGCAUCAAAAACUCUUUUGCAUAGAAGGCUUUCAGUCUUGCCAAGGUCUGAAAAUAGGGCAAUACAACAGAGGAAGAUUUUCUUUAACUUUAGAGUCUUUUCAGGGGCGAUGAAUUAAUGAAAAUAUCAACCUAUACUGCCCUUCAUUUGAGUUGACUCCAGCUUCAUUUAUAUGCAGUUCUUGUGAACUAGCACUAUGAAAUAAACUGAAAGGCAUAAAUAAAUGUUAAUUUGAAACACAAAGGACUUUAUUUGUUCAAGCAGCAGUUGAGUAACCACCAUUGUUAACUGCAAUGAAUGAUGACAUUUUAUGGAGAUGGAUGUAGAUGUCCCCCACACAGACUUCUAUUUCUAUAGACAACUUAGGCAAAUACAGACAAAUUUUUUUUACUGUUGUCUUUGGGGUUUGGGUUUUGUCUUUUAAAGAAGGAGUGAAGGGUUUAUGUUGUUGGUUUUUUACAUCAUGGAGGAUCUGAGGAACAAGGAAACAUAAUUAAAGCAUGCUUAGAAUGUGAAGCUAGAAUGGAUCAUUUGAGGAGAGAUAACCUGCUUUUUGGGUAAAAUCAGGAAUAAGAGAUCAGAUAUGUACACUAAAUAAAUGGAUCAUGUCUAUUCACUUAUUUAAACGAAGAAGUGAUGAAGGAAAAAUGUGUUUAUGUAAUUCUGAUGGCCUAGUUAUAGCACAUAAACUAGUCCUUUUAGCAAUGCUGGGGACAGCUGAAAGGUAAAACCUAAGCAUAGGUCCCAGCUCUAGUUGCACAGACACUUACCACAAUGAAUGCAAGAUCAUUAUCAAUUAAACACUUUGGUGACUGAUGACCUCCAAAGGUUUCCAGUAGAGUUCAUGAUUCAGAGCUCAGAGGUGGGUGUAGCCCAGAGAUGCAGGUUAACAACUUUCCAUGGACCACUCACAAAUCAGCCUUUUAAUGCAAAACAGUGGAAAGGGUAUACAAAUGGCAGGUCAAAGCUGUAGUUAUUUGUAUAACACUGGGAAAGGAUUUUUUUCUUGGAUACAAUGCCACUGAUCAGUUGUGGAGAAAAUGUGCUUUACUGAAUGCAGUUUGGAAGUUCUGGGUGUGAACCAAAAGGAUGUGAGAAGGACAUUUGAUUUGGGAAACAUUUGUAAGUUAGUCUUUCUCUGUUUGCUGAAUAAAUAAAUCACUUAGUUUUUCUGCCUCUGUUUUCCCAGCUGUGUGUAUUAUGAAAUGCAACUCAUCUGCAGAUCUAUUUUAAGGAUUGGUAGGUUGUUCUAUUAAUAUCUGCCAAGCGGUCUGACUAAAGAAAGCAGAAGGUAAAUGUUGGAGGUGAGAAAGACCACGAGGAAAUGGAAACGGCAUAUGCAUUAUGGAAGAAUCAGGGAAAAGAAGAGGUUUCGUUUGAAGAGUGGAAAAACAACCUUGCCGACACCACUACUUGUGAUGACACCAAUGUUUGAGGGCUUUGCCGUGGUAGCUCUGCUGAAAUCAUAAAACCUAUUACUAGGUUGACUUUCCUAUUUUCCUUUCAUGGACUUGAAGCCUAGCAGGCAUAGAGACAGUGUUCCAUUGGUCAGUGUACCAAGUGGUACUGACCAAUCAUGUUCUCCCCAGUUAUCUCCUCCCUCGUUCCUACCUUGCAAUGUUUAUUCAUAUACCUUUACCCAAUCUCUGUUAGUGGAUUUGCAUGCUCCGCCCUAUCCCCGUCCAGGUUCCAGAUCCUUCCUUACUCUUCCCUAUAAAACCCACCUUUUUGUGUUAAUAAAGUUAGAUCAGCCUUGGCUGUGAAGGUG